CGUCCCCGCCGCCGCAGCCCUGCGGGUUUGAACUUGGCGGGCUCCCUGUGAGCUGUGGGGCGUUGUUUCGCCCCUUCCCGACUCCCGGUUCUUGGCCGACUGCAGGUUCAGGCCUCGGCCCUCCUUGGGCUCCUUCUCCGUCCUCAUGGCGGGCGCCCGGGGGCAGGGGCUAGAGGCGGUGGAGGUGUGCUCGCUGUCGCCGCCGCUGAGCUGCGGCUAUUCCACCAUGUCGCUGUUGUCUCCCCUCGGCCACCAGAGCUUCCCGUUUGACGACGACGACGGUGACGGGGAGGAGGAGGUUGAUGUGGACGAAGAUGCGCAUGACUCAGAGGCCAAGGUGGAGAGCCUGAGAGGAAUGGAAUUACAGGGGUGCUCCAGUGUGGUUGGAUCCGAAGAUAACCAAGAAGAACAGAAACAGGUGCAGUUACCAGAAAGCAGCCUGACACCGUGGGAAGUGUGGUUUGUUGGCAAAGAAAAAGUAGAACGUGACCGUCUGCAACGGAAGGCUCUAGAGGAAUUAAAUCAACAGCUAGAGAGAAAGAAAGAAGUGGAAAAACGUGAAAAGAGAAAGAUAAUUGCUGAAGAAAAGCACAAGGAAUGGGUUCAGAAAAAGAAUGAACAGAAAAGAAAAGAAAGGGAACAAAAAAUUAAUAAAGAAAGGGAGGAAAAAGCAGCAAAGGAACUGGAGAAAGAACAUUUACAAGAAAAAGCAAAAGAAAAAUAUGAAGAAUGGUUAAAGAAAAAAAAUGCUGAAGAAUGUGAGAAGAAGAAGAAAGAAAAGGAAAAAGAAAAACAACGGCAGGCUGAAUUACAAGAAAAAAAGGAAAUAGCAGAAAAAAAGUUUAAGGAAUGGUUGGAAAAUGCAAAAAAUAAACCUCGUCCAGCUGCAAAGAGCUAUGGUUAUGCCAAUGGAAAACUCACAGGUUUUUACAGUGGAAAUUCUUAUCCAGAACCAGCCUUUUAUAACCCAAUUCCAUGGAAACCAGUUCCUAUGCCUCCUCCCAAAGGAGCAAAGGAUCUAUCAGGAAAGAAGACUAAAAGGCCUGUGAUAAGCCAGCCAAACAGAUCAUCCUCUCUGGUAAUGCAUAAAGCCAGAAGCAAUCUUUGCCUUGGAACCCUGUGCAGAAUACAAAGAUAGUAGAUGGGAAAUUACAUGCUUUUACCUGGAGUUAUUUAAUUUUAAAAUCAGAAAUUGUUUUUUACUGCUCAAUUAGUACCUCAACAUUUGAUGUAUUAUUGAUAAGUUCAAAUCUUUGCAUUUGUAUACAGAGUCCUUAGAGUUGAGGAAGAUAUUUUAUACAUUUUCAUUUUUAUAAA